UGAGGGUGGAACUUCCGGGGGCGACACGACAGCCCCUUAGGAACCGGAAGUGGAGCCUAGGAUCCUUGACGUUAGGAACGAGUCGAACCUGGAUCUGGAGCCGGGUGAGACCAAAUUGGGGAUGCUCUCAUAAUGAACGUCAACCAGUCAGCUCCACCUGUGCCGCCAUUUGGGCAGCCCCAGCCUGUCUACCCAGGGUAUCAUCAGUCCAGCUAUGGUGGGCAACCAGGGUCCACAGCCCCUCCCACACCCUAUGGGGCCUACAAUGGACCAGUACCAGGCUAUCAGCAAACACCUCCCCCAGGUGUGUCAAGAGCCCCACCUUCUUCGGGGGUGCCUCCAAUCUCCACAGCACAAGUCCCUUCUGGCCAGGGUGCAUAUGGCCAGUUUGGCCAAGGAGAUAUACAGAAUGGGCCUAGCUCCACUGUUCAGAUGCAGAGGCUCCCUGGGUCUCAGCCAUUUGGGUCAGCCCCAUUGGCCCCUGUGGUCAGCCAGCCAAAUGUGCUUCCGCCCUAUGGUCCUCUCCCAACAAGUGCACAGGUGACUGCCCAGAUGGCUGGAAUGCAGAUCGGCGGUGCUGUGGCCCCAGCCCCUCCCCCUUCUGGGUUGGGCUAUGGCCCACCAACAUCACUGGCCUCAGCCUCAGGAAGUUUCCCUAACUCUGGUCUGUAUGGCUCCUAUCCUCAAGGCCAGGCUCCUCCCCUUAGCCAGGCACAGGGUCCUUCUGGGUCCCAGCCUCCCCAGCGAUCUGCCCCACAGCAGGCCUCCAGCUUCACACCCUCAGCCUCAGGGGGUCCUCGGAUACCUUCAAUGACUGGUCAAAUACUGCCUGAACAGAGUUUUGUGGGACCCCCAGUGAGCCAGCCCAACCAUGUGUCCUCACCUCCUCCUCCUCAAGUUCUACACCCUGGUACCCAGAUGGCUGGGCUCCCAGGACAGCCGCCACCUAUGCACUCCUCCCAGCAGCCAGGCUACCAACUGCAACAAAAUGGUUCCUUUGGACCAGUCCGGGGCCCUCAGCCCAAUUAUGGAAGUCCCUACCCAGCAGCACCCACUUUUGGCAGUCAGCCUGGGCCUCCUCAGCCACUGCCUCCUAAGCGCCUGGAUCCUGAUGCCAUCCCGAGCCCCCAACUCAAUGAGCUGCCUCCUCAGCAGAAAACCAGGCACAGAAUAGACCCUGAUGCCAUUCCUAGUCCAAUUCAGGUGAUCGAGGAUGACCGGAACAACCGUGGUUCAGAGCCGUUCGUUACUGGAGUACGGGGCCAGGUGCCACCCUUAGUUACCACCAACUUCCUAGUGAAAGACCAAGGGAAUGCAAGUCCUCGAUACAUUCGAUGCACAUCUUAUAAUAUCCCUUGUACAUCUGACAUGGCUAAGCAGGCUCAGGUUCCCCUGGCAGCUGUCAUCAAGCCACUGGCAAGGCUGCCCGCAGUAGAGGCUUCACCGUAUGUUGUCGACCAUGGGGAAUCUGGCCCUUUGCGCUGCAAUCGCUGCAAAGCAUACAUGUGCCCUUUCAUGCAGUUCAUUGAGGGAGGGAGGCGAUUCCAGUGCUGCUUUUGCAGCUGUAUCAAUGAUGUUCCCCCCCAGUAUUUUCAACAUCUGGAUCAUACCGGAAAACGUGUGGAUGCUUACGACCGUCCUGAGCUAUCCCUGGGCUCUUAUGAAUUCUUGGCCACUGUAGAUUACUGCAAGAACAAUAAAUUCCCCAGCCCUCCUGCCUUCAUCUUCAUGAUUGAUGUCUCCUACAAUGCCAUCAGGAGUGGUCUCGUUAGGCUCCUCUGUGAGGAGCUCAAGUCACUGUUAGACUUUCUACCCAGGGAGGGUGGAGCAGAAGAGUCAGCAAUCCGAGUUGGCUUUGUCACCUAUAAUAAGGUGCUCCACUUCUACAAUGUGAAGAGCUCACUGGCCCAGCCACAGAUGAUGGUUGUGUCUGAUGUGGCUGACAUGUUUGUGCCACUGCUGGACGGCUUCCUGGUCAACGUCAAUGACUCUCGGGCAGUUAUCACGAGCUUAUUGGAUCAGAUUCCAGAAAUGUUUGCAGACACAAGAGAGACAGAGACAGUAUUUGCCCCAGUUAUCCAGGCUGGGAUGGAGGCCCUGAAGGCUGCCGAGUGUGCAGGGAAGCUGUUUCUGUUCCACACCUCCCUGCCCAUCGCAGAGGCCCCAGGGAAACUGAAGAACAGAGAUGACAGGAAGUUGAUUAACACAGACAAGGAGAAGACUCUGUUCCAGCCUCAGACAGGUGCUUAUCAGAACCUGGCCAAAGAGUGUGUGGCCCAAGGUUGCUGUGUAGACCUCUUCCUUUUCCCUAACCAGUACGUGGAUGUGGCCACGCUCUCUGUUGUGCCCCAGCUCACUGGUGGCUCUGUCUACAAAUAUGGUUGCUUUCAGGUGGAGAAUGACCAGGAACGGUUUAUGAGUGACCUGCGUCGGGAUGUACAGAAGGUUGUUGGCUUUGAUGCUGUGAUGCGGGUCCGGACGAGCACCGGUAUCCGUGCUGUAGAUUUUUUUGGAGCUUUCUACAUGAGCAAUACAACAGAUGUGGAGCUGGCUGGGCUGGAUGGGGACAAGACGGUGACUGUGGAAUUCAAGCAUGAUGAUCGACUUAAUGAAGAGAGUGGAGCCCUCCUGCAGUGUGCCUUGCUCUACACCAGCUGUGCAGGGCAGCGACGACUACGCAUACACAACCUGGCCCUGAACUGCUGUACCCAGCUAGCUGAUCUGUAUCGAAACUGUGAGACCGACACGCUCAUCAACUACAUGGCUAAGUUUGCGUACCGGGGGGUUCUGAAUAGCCCUGUGAAGACUGUCCGCGACACUCUUAUCACACAGUGUGCACAGAUCCUGGCCUGUUACAGAAAGAACUGUGCCAGCCCCUCCUCUGCAGGACAGUUGAUCCUUCCUGAGUGCAUGAAGUUGCUCCCAGUUUACCUGAACUGUGUGUUGAAGAGUGAUGUCCUGCAGCCUGGAGCUGAAGUCACUACGGAUGACCGUGCCUAUGUCCGACAGCUGGUUACCUCCAUGGAUGUGGCUGAGACCAAUGUCUUCUUCUAUCCUCGGCUCCUACCACUGACAAAGUCUCCUAUUGAGAGUACCACUGAACCACCAGCAGUUCGAGCAUCUGAAGAGCGUCUAAGCAGCGGAGAUAUAUAUUUGCUGGAGAAUGGGCUCAAUCUUUUCAUCUGGGUGGGAGCAAGUGUCCAACAGGGUGUUGUUCAGAGUCUCUUCGGCGUCUCCUCCUUCAGUCAGAUCACCAGUGGCUUGAGUAUUCUGCCAGUUCUGGAUAAUCCGAUGUCCAAGAAAGUGCGAGGCCUCGUUGAUAGCUUAAGGACACAGAGAUCGCGGUACAUGAAGCUUAUCGUGGUGAAACAGGAGGACAAGCUGGAGAUGCUGUUCAAGCACUUCCUGGUGGAAGACAAGAGCCUGAAUGGGGGAGCAUCCUAUGUGGACUUUCUCUGUCAUAUGCACAAGGAGAUUCGGCAACUACUGAGCUAGAGCAAGUGGGUAAAUGGCAUAGGGUCCUAGGCCAGUUUCCAGAAAGUACCCCAGGGUGGCAGGGAAACCAGGACAGUUCCAUAUCUUGUAAGUCAUGUAAGCUGACCUCAGUCUCUUUGGGGGGAGGGGGAGGUAUGAGGAGACACCUUCUUUCUGGGCUCAAGUAUCCUACCACUCUGUCAUGUCCUGCUGACAGAAGGUGCCCCUGUCCCCUCACUUUGCCUUCCUUUUCCUGCUAAUCCUGUUGUAAUGAAUGUAGUUUCUCAGUUCACUGUAUAUGAUUCCGUGUUGGGGGAUUUGGGGGCACUUAGACCCUGGCAGUAUCGUGUCCUUUUGGACCAACCUCCAAGAAGAGGGAGCAGGCAGGAAGAAAUGGAGAUCCCAGGAUUAUUUUGGGAGAGGGGCUAGUUCAGCUCAGUGCCAUCAACAACUUCCUAUAUUAGGGAUCAAACAUACAGGUGCACAAGAGCUUGACUAUAACCCUGAGGUAGUGGGGAGAAAAGUGGUUGGUCCUCCUUGGGCCUUGAAGUCAGCAGCCAAGUCAAAAUUACUAAGGGUGGUGGGUGGUGGAUUAGCUUUCUCUGCUUCCACUGCUUUUUUUCUGUCCUGCAAUGAUUGGUGAUGAAUCCGUGGAUAGAGGCACGUUGUCAGAGGUGAAAGAGCGUGAGAACUGAGCUGCAAAGUAUAUAAAGACCUGGGAGAGGUACCACUUCCUUUCCAGCUGGAGAGGCCCAGCACUGGAUGGUUCUGUAGGAAGCCUGGUCAUCAACUUGGAAUACCUCACAGAGCCAACCCACAUCGCACUUUGAGCUCCCACUGGCAACACUCCUUCUCCAACGUAGGGUUUGUUGGGGAACGAGGUGAAGGUGGCCAGAGCUCUGUUCUCUCCUCCCGAGACACCACCUGGGCUUUGGUAUUGACAGAGUGGCUGACAGGUAUCUUCCUUCCAUCGCGAACCGGCUGGAGCAAGACAAGGGCUAGGCUUGAUGGUGGCUGGGCUUGCUCCCAGCCUUCAAUGCCCCUGCUCUGGACCUCUCAUUUCUCUUCAUUGGUUUAUUUUUCAAUGCAUCUUUAAUUUGUAAAGAAAUAAAAUAAAUUAAGAAGUAA